AUGGGUGCACUCUCCACGGCCGUAAGGGGCGUGAGCUCCCUGGUCGUGUCCAGGACGGGCAAGAGGAUCGCGGUGCUGCUGGGGUCUGUCGUGAUCAUGUUCUUCUUGAUGCAACUCGCCUUUCCCGAAAUCACACCCAAUGUCACGGUGCCGGUGCCCUUCGUCAGCAUCCACUACGGAGAAGAGGCCGAGGCUGCGUCGUCCUACUCCUCGUGGUCUUCGUUGCUCUCAGACGAUGACUCCUCCGCUGACGGCUCCUAUUCCGCCGCGGCCCAUGGCGGCUCCGGCUCAUCAUCGUUGUCCUCGCCGGACAGUCACCUCCACCACCACCACACCAACAAGCACAAGGUCAACCAGUAUCUCAGCGUGACCCGCUUCAACGAGAGCAAGGUCGCCCUCCUCAUCGAGAACCGGCCCAUGGCGUUCCUGGCGCCGCUCAUGCUGCACUUCAUGUCGGUGAUCCCGCCGGACUGGCGGUUCCGCUUCAUGGGCUCCCGCGAGUCGGUCGACCUGGUGCAAAAGUCGUUUGCGAUCCGCCAGCAGGUCAACCUGGGCAAGCUCGACCUCACGUACAUCCCGAGCAACAUGACAACCAUUGGCGGCGAGGCCAUCAGCCAGUUCCUGACGACCCUGUGGGUGUACGAGACACUGCUCCAGCCGGCCGAGUGGCUCCUCAUCUUCCAGACCGACAGCAUGCUGUGCGCCAACUCGCGCCAGAACCUCGACGACUUCCUCGACUACGACUGGGUCGGCGCCCCCUGGAACCCCAACGGCGGCUACGGCGGAAACGGCGGCCUCAGCCUCCGCCGCGUCAGCAGCAUCAUCCAGGUCCUCCGCGACCAGGUCCGCAAGCCCGGCACCGAGCCCGAGGACGUCUGGCUCACCGACCGCCUCGGCCACCGCCCCGGCGCAAAGAUGGCCAACGGCUCCCUCAGCCUCACCUUCUCGGGCGAGUACAACGUCGGCCACUCCGAGAUGCUGUUCGAAGACGAGAUGAAGGCCAAGGCCGCCGCCGCCGCCGCCGGCAAGACCCCGGCCCCCAACGGCCAGGGCACGGAGCUCGACAACUUCGCCGUGACCAAGGAGAACCUGGACCUCAACGAGGCCGGCAGUGGGCUGGUCCAUGACGCGGUGUCCAAGAACGCCAAUGCCAAUGCUGGCGGCAGCGGCAGCGAGGAAGGCCGGCUCGAUCUCACAAACGGGGCGUGGAAGCAGGGCAUCGACGACUACCGCAUCGGCCACUACGAGCCCAUGGGCUACCACAUCGGCUCCUCCGGCUCCGUCCUGCACGGCAGCAUCUGGGGCAGCCCCGAGAAGCGCAAGCACAUCUGGGAGUACUGCCCCGAGGUCAAGAUGAUGCUGCAGAUGGACGCCGCCGAGUACGUCCCUGGCCAGUGCGGCAGCAACUGGAAGCGCGACGACGGCGGCUACGGCAUGGUCAGGACCAGCGAUCUCGGAUACGGGACUGAAUGGAUCGACGGCAAGGAGUAUCCCAUGCUCCCGCCGGGUUUUACCGCGUGGUGAGCGACUUUCUAUCGCGGGGACAGCGAAAGGGAAAAGGCAACUCUGGAGCGGAGAGAGAAACGGCGGUUCUUUGAGGGGUUUCCACGUCUUUUUUUUCAUAUUUGGGUUUUUGGACUAUUUGUGUUACUUUGUGUCUUCUGACCGUUGCCGCCCCCUCGUAUAUCUUUCUGCAGGAGAAGCUCUGUUCUUCUCUCAAAAAUUGGUUGCCACUUGUAAAUCGGUUUUAACAGCAGCCUAGAUCUGAAUUUCGUGUAGUUCCAAUAUGUGCAGAAAGAUUUCGUUAUAUACUCUAG